AUGUUUCAUGCAAGAGAAACAGCUGUGCUGGCUGAUCUAUUUCCUAAUCCUCCAGCCGAUGGAGACCUUGAUUGGGAUUUACAAGACGACCCUAUUGACGAGAGUGCUCCAAAUGGCGGUGAUGCUGCCAAUGACAACUCAUUUGGAUUGCUUGCACUGGAUAUGCCUCCUGGAUGCGGAGGGACGUUUGCUCGAUUGGCUCAUCUUGAAAUCAACCCUGAUAUGACAGUUCCUGACACGCACGCUGGCCGCAAACCAGAAGCAAAUCCAGUCUAUGAAAUGCAUUUUGACUACAACUUCCACUUAAUGUAUGUCCCCGUUUACAAACAUACACAUAAUAUUAUCUGA